GGGGAGGGGGUCGGACAGCCGCAGCCCAGCCGGGGCCCGGGGGCCAGACGGCGGGGUCGCGGGCGGGGAGCGGCGUUCGGGGGCGGCAGGGCGAGUCGUGAAGACCCUCGCCACCGAGGCCGCGACGCACGGGGGCCUUGGAGGGCCCCGGGGCAAGGCGAGACCUUGGGGGUGGGGGCGGGGCCGCGGGUAGGGGAGGGGCCCGGCCGGCCAGAGAGGCCCAGGGUCAAGACGUCCGGCCUCGGGGGCCCGGGCUGGGCAGCGGGGUCCCCUGGGCGGCGCUGAGCGGGCGAGCGGCGAGGGCCCGGGUCUCAGGGGACUCCGGCCCGAUCGCAGGAUCGUCCGCCAUCGCCGCCGCCGCCGCACUGGGAGCCGGCGGGGAUGGAACGGGAAGCGUCGCCGUGGGGCCUCGAGCCCGGGGAUGUGCAAAGCCCCGACGAAGUGGGGAGCCGCGAAGGGUCCCUCAAAGGCAACGUGAGUGAGAAUGAGGAAGAAGAAGUGUCUCAACAGGAAGGCAGUGGGGACUAUGAGGUGGAAGAGAUACCCUUUGGGCUUGAACCCCAGAGCCCUGGGUUUGAGCCACAAAGCCCUGAGUUUGAACCCCAGAGCCCCAGGUUUGAGCCCGAAAGCCCAGGUUUUGAGUCCCGAAGCCCUGGGUUUGUGCCCCCAAGCCCUGAAUUUGCACCCAGAAGCCCUGAAUCAGGGUCUCAGAGCCCUGAGUUUGAAACCCAAAGUCCUAGGUAUGAGCCUCAAAGCCCUGGGUAUGACCCCAAAAGUCCUGGAUAUGAACCCCGGAGCCCUGGGUAUGAACCCAAGAGCCCUGGAUAUGAACCCCAGAGCCCCGGGUAUGAAUCCCAGAGCCCGGGAUUUGAGCCCCAGAAUCCCGAGCUCAAAACCCAAAGCCCUGAAUUUGAAGCUCAAAGUUCCAAAUUCCAGGAAGGUGCAGAGGUGCUUCUGAAUCCCGAGGAAAAGAACCCCUUGAGCAUCCCCUUGGGAGUCCACCCCUUGGACUCCUUCACCCAGGGGUUUGGGGAGCAGCCCACAGGGGGCCUACCCCUAGGGCCACCUUUUGAGAUGCCCACAGGGACCCUGCUGGCCACGCCACAGUUUGAGAUGCUCCAGAAUCCCCUGGGCCUGACAGGGUCCCUUCGGGGUCCAGGCCGGCGGGGUGGCCGGGCCAGGGGUGGGCAGGGCCCUCGGCCUAAUAUCUGUGGCAUCUGCGGGAAGAGUUUCGGGCGGGGCUCCACCCUGAUCCAACACCAGCGCAUCCAUACGGGUGAGAAGCCCUACAAAUGUGAGGUCUGUAGCAAGGCCUUCUCCCAGAGCUCUGACCUCAUCAAACACCAGCGCACCCACACGGGCGAGCGGCCCUACAAGUGUCCCCGUUGUGGCAAGGCCUUCGCCGACAGCUCUUACCUGCUUCGCCACCAGCGCACCCACUCUGGUCAGAAGCCCUACAAGUGCCCGCACUGUGGCAAGGCCUUCGGCGACAGCUCCUACCUCCUGCGGCACCAGCGCACCCACAGCCACGAGCGGCCCUACAGCUGCCCCGAGUGCGGCAAGUGCUACAGCCAGAACUCUUCCCUGCGUAGUCACCAGAGGGUGCACACAGGGCAAAGGCCCUUCAGCUGUGGCAUCUGCGGCAAGAGCUUCUCCCAGCGCUCCGCUCUCAUCCCCCACGCCCGCAGCCACGCCCGUGAGAAGCCCUUCAAGUGCCCGGAGUGCGGCAAGCGCUUUGGCCAGAGCUCGGUGCUGGCCAUCCACGCCCGCACCCACCUGCCGGGCCGCACCUACAGCUGCCCCGACUGCGGCAAGACCUUCAACCGCUCGUCCACGCUGAUUCAGCACCAGCGCUCCCACACGGGCGAGCGGCCCUACAGGUGCGCCGUGUGCGGCAAGGGCUUUUGCCGCUCGUCCACGCUGCUCCAGCACCACCGGGUCCACAGCGGGGAGCGGCCCUACAAGUGCGAUGACUGUGGCAAGGCCUUCUCGCAGAGCUCCGACCUCAUCCGCCACCAGCGCACCCACGCGGCCGGCCGCCGCUGACCUGGGGCCCUGCCGGGGGUGGGGUGGGGAGGCGGCGGAGAAGGGGCCGGGGAGCUGGAGAAAGGAAGACGGAAUACUGG